CAUCAGAGUGGUUCUGGCUGGUCUCCUGUGUAUGUAGAGGACAACCUGGCGGUCAUGUCUAUUGGCUUCCUACUCAGCAGUCCUGAUGAUGCUGUUAUCUGGAGAGGACCCAAGAAGAACGGGAUGAUCAAACAGUUCCUGCGAGAUGUCGAUUGGGGGGAAUUGGAUUACCUCAUCGUGGACACGCCCCCCGGCACCUCUGACGAACACCUGUCUAUCGUCCAGUACCUUAGCUCCGCCCACAUCGACGGCGCCGUCAUCAUCACCACCCCGCAGGAGGUAUCUCUUCAGGAUGUCAGGAAGGAGAUCAGGUUCUGUCAGAAGGUCCAGCUACCCAUCAUAGGAGUGGUGGAGAACAUGAGUGGGUUUGUCUGUCCCAAAUGCAAGGUGAGAGUUUUAUUUAUUUAUAUAUAUAUGUGUGUGUAUAUGUGGACAAUGUAUAAUUUUCUCUCAUAAAGACAGACACAUUUCA